UAACCAGUAUAACCAGUAUAACCAGUCCAUCCCAGUAUAACCAGUCUAACCAGUAUAACCAGUCCCCCCCCCAGGCGCGGGGGCUGUCCCUGCAGUGCCUCUCCUCGGCCAGAGGGGGCGUGGUGCGCGCGGCGGCCGCGCUGCGUCGCGACAUGUCGGGGUCGGAGAGCGGCGACGAGCGCCUGAACCGCGGCUUCAACGCGCGCCUCAUGGCCGCCGAGGCGUCGCUGCUGUCCCCGUUCGUGUCCCCUCUGGUGUCCCCGUUCCGCCACGUCCUGCUGGGCCGGGGGGCACACACGCUGGCGGCGCUGGUGGCCGAGCUGGGGACAGCGGGGACAGCAGGGGACAAGGAGGGGACACCAGGGGACAGCGAGGGGACACGCGGGGAUGGCAUGGGGACACGCGGGGACAGCAUGGAGACAGCAGGGGACAAGGAGGGGACACCAGGGGACAGCGAGGGGACACGCGGGGAUGGCAUGGGGACACGCGGGGACAGCAUGGAGACGGUGGCCCUUGGUGACACUCGGGGACAAAGGGCGGAUCUGGGAGGUGGCCCUGGGGACGGCCCCGCCCCCUCAUUUGCAUCGGCCGCGUUUAUUGGCUGUGACCGGAAUUGGGGACAAUAA